UAUGUGGUAUCAAUGCUGACAGAUUGAGGGAUACACAUUAAGUGCGACAACCGUUGAUUUGCCAAUUACCCAAUCCUAGACAGUAUUGACCAAAGUGACAGCUGGCUUUGCCGACAAAACAGACCACCGGACACCAGUCACUAUUUACAUGACAUUUUAUAAGGGUCAACAUUCAUUUAACUUAAAACAUGCUGUAGUAGGCAUUACACGAUACCUCCCGCAUGAUACCUGUUGUGCACUGACCUUUAAGGUAUGUCAGCAUAAACAUUGUCUGUUCAAAUAUACCAAAUCUCAAACCACUGUUUACACAGGUCUCUAACGUCUAUACAGUACUGGUUUGGAAAUAUAGGCCAUGUUUAGUGCAGCUGUUGUAUAAACAUUUACAACACCUAAACCACCUCUACUAUACGCAAUCAUAAAAUAGUAUAUUUUAUCUCCCUGCUUAUAUCUAAAAUAAAACAUAUAAUAAUAAAACUUUUAACACUUAACAAAAUUUCCUUAUUCUCAAUAAAACACUCUAUAUAGCAAUGCUGUCUACCUCUUUCUUGUGUCGUAUUAGGUGACAUGCGUCAUUUUCUACAGUAUGUGUCCUAUCCUAUAACACGUUAAUUUUGUGGUGUACCUUUUAUCAUAGGGAUUCUAACUUCCUACAUCCAAUGAUGGAUAAUAGCCUGCUUCUGGCCGACAUUGGAGAGGAUAUCUACGUUAAACUAACCACACACGUGACAUCCACAGACGUCAAGAUGAGGCUCGACUCCUGCUACACACUGCCAUCUCCAGGAGCGGCAGAAAACUUUAAAUUUUACAUCAUUAGAAAUGCGUGCGUUACUGACAUAAACACACGUGUGCUUUACACCUCUCCCCACGAGACCAAGUUUAUGUUCCGGGAUUUCGAGUAUUCUACUGAUCAUGACAACUUGUACCUAUACUGCACUGCCACCUUCUGUAAUAGGACGGACCAUUCGUAUGUGUGUGACCAACAAUGUCACCACAGGGCGCUGCGUUCGGUCCUAGCUACAACUGGAGGAUACCUAAGGAGAGUGACCACUUCCGGUGCCGUACGACGACGUAUUGGUACAGGACGAGCUGUGGUGGAUGAACCGGACUUAACAGAAUCAUCUAGUCAUGCGCAGAGCAAAGGUAUCGACGGAGUUAUAUUUAUAGUAUCAUUGGGCGUGGUUGGUUUAUCAGUAAGCAUUGUAUUACUGGUAAUUCAACGUCGUCGUAAACAUAAACCAAGAGUUUGAUCACAGGAUGACAGGCAAUAUACAUGUAUACCGAUUUGCCUUUGAUAUUUGAAAAUAAAAACAACUAU